CAUGUAAAUAUCUUUAACCACAAGGAAUCAAAUAUCUUUCAUCUAUGACGAGUCAGGACUUACACUGCAAUAAGUUGAGUGGGCAUAUCUGAAACUGUGCAAACUGUACCAACUGACUGGGAAGUUUAAAUAAGUCCGGUCCAUACCUCUGCAUUUCCUGACCCAGGUUCUCGGAACUGUCCUCUGGAAUCACUCGGAACAUGUCCUGCUCCUCCAGCCUGCGUUUGUACCCAGUGCGGAACAGAGGGUUGAGCCACCUGGACGAGGAGGUUGGAGGGAGGUUUGGAGAAGAAGACGGAGAGAAGGACAUCGUGUCAAUAUGGCCCGGACCUCCGAGCCAGAGGGAAAAUGGGCAACAUGGUAACAGAGAUCGUCGCCUUCCUCCUGACCAUCUCUGGAUGGAUCCUAGUGUCGUCCACCCUGCCGACAGACUACUGGAAGGUGUCCUCCGUGGAUGGGACGGUUAUUACCACAGCCACCUUCUGGUCCAACCUCUGGAAAACCUGCGUCACUGAUUCCACUGGCGUGUCAAACUGCAAAGACUUUCCUUCAAUGCUGGCUCUGGAUGUGUAUAUCCAGGUGUGUCGGGGCCUGAUGAUCGCAGCCGUGUGUCUGGGUUUCUUUGGCGCCAUCUUCGCUCUCGUGGGAAUGAAGUGCACGAAAAUCGGGGGCUCAGAGACGACCAAAGCUCGUCUGACCGUCCUAUCGGGCUUCCACUUCAUCCUCGGCGGCCUGUGCUGCAUGACGGCGUGCUCCAUAUACGCUCACAGGGUCACAAGCGACUUCUUUGAUCCCUUCUUUGUGGCUCAGAAAGCUGAAUAUUCCUACAGAGGACCAGUAUCACCAGUAUCACCGGCCACAGCGCGCGACAAGUGCAGCAAAACAGCCAGCGGCCCGACAGCCAGCGGCCUGCACAAGGAAACAGUGGAGCCUUCCAGGCAGUUUGGAAGAAACGCCUACGUGUGAAAUUGGACUUUAUUCAAUUACAGUUAAAUUGAUGGUGGUGAUAUUUAUUUCAAUAUUCUGUGGUCACGAGAAACUCACCAGUGAAGCACGGAUGUUCACUUUAGGAACUUUGGGCAGGAACUCUGGGGAAAUCCUUCCUGGCAAUGUGUCAUUCACAGUUUAUCAGAUGAUUUUAUAUUUUAUAUUUUUUGGGGGAAGGGGGGGGGAUCUGAUUUGGCUCCUAAACUCUGAGGUCACCUUCAACAAGCCGGCCUCCCCUUUAAAUCUGUAUUUAAUAAUUCUUUAGUCAGUUAAGUAGAUUUUAAAUCAUUUAUUUGAUCAUAACUAGAGGAGAAAAGGGUUUGUAAAUAACUUAUAGCAGCUCAAACUUUUCCAAUGAUUUUUUAUUAUUAGACACUUGUUCUGUAAACUUAAACAUUUUGCAAAUGUGACCAAAUGAAGUAAUUAAAAGAUUUGAAACUUUCUCAGUUGAUCAGCGGUGAUUGCAGUGGAUCUUCUCUGAUCGCUUCAAAGGGAACAUUAAUAUUUCUCAGGAUCUGAGGGUCACUACAUCCCGUCUAACCUGAGACGGAGCUGGAGGCCGGAGGUUUCCCUCACAGCAGCCAUCCGUCUCCACCUGGGAAUUACCAUCACCAGGGACCUCAGGCUAAGUUACAGCGGCUGCAGCCGGGAGCUGGCAGAGAGUCGUGAAGAAGUGUCAGGUGACGCUCUCUGAUAUAAAGCUAGUAUUGUGUCUGCAUGACUUCCUUAUCAGAGAUCAUUAAAACACACAUGUAAAGCAACUGUCUCCAUAUUUCCUUUUUUUUAAAGAAUAAUUCAACCUGAUUGACACAGAAGUUAAAUGUAAAUCAAGGUUACAAUGAGUUUAGUUAUAUAUUGUGCUUCACCACAUAACGUUUACAUUUUAUAAUUUCUGUGUAGUUUUACUUUAGCAUCAUCUGGGAACAUUUAAAAACAAUUCUAAUGUCUUAAAUGUUUCAUUGUGGGGAUUUUACCUUCUAGUGGCCGGAGAGGGAACUGCA